AUGGAUGAAGUUCCCCUGUUAGCUGUAAUGUCCUUUGACAGGUACGUGGUCAUCUGCAAACCUCUGCACUAUGUGGUCAUUAUGAAUUCACAAGUCUGCAGCCUGCUGGUGAUUACUGCCUGGAUUGGUGGGGUUGUCCUUGUUCUUCCUCCAUCAGUGGUAUAUUUCCAGAUGCCAUUCUGUGGUUCAAACAUCAUUAAUCAUUUUUUCUGUGACAGCACACCAAUGAUUCAGCUCAAAUGUGGAAAUACCAAGGUCCUAGAGUGCAUGAAUUUCAUCUCAGCAGUGUUCACCCUACUGAGUAGCCUAGCUGUUAAAGCUGUAUCCCACAUCAACAUCAUUCCUGCUGUGGUCAAAAUCCACUCUGUGGCUGGCAGACAGAAAGCCUUUUCCAACUGUAUGUCUCACCUCACUGUAGUGUCUAUCACGUAUGGCAGCUACAUCUUCAUGUACCUCACACCCACCCAGACCAACAGACCCGACCUCAGCAAGGAGAUGUCCGUCUUGAACACUGUGGUAUCUCCUCUGCUCAAUCCAUUCAUCUAUAGCUUGAGAAACACACAGUCUCAGAAGGCCUUAAGGGAGCGCAUCAAAUGGAGUAUAGCAAUUGCUAAACACCCAGAACUUUGA